AUGACUUCAAAGACACAGUGUGGCAUUGGACGGUUUACACCUGAUUGUUUGCAAUGUUUUGCAAAGAUCAAAUUCUUUGCUAUAUUUUAUUCUAUAGCAGCGUUAGUUACAUCGACUCUGUCCGUUUAUAUAGCUUCACAGAUUACCACCCUUGAAAAACAGUUUGGAUUUACUAGUACCCAAAGUGGCUUAUUAAUGAGCUGUAAUGACAUUGGCUACCUGGCUGUAACUCUGUUUGUCAGCUAUUUUGCAGAAAAAGUUCAUCCACCUCGUGUUCUAUCCUUUUCAACUAUUCUAUUUGGUGCGGCUGGAUUAAUUUGUGCAAUACCAUAUUUCAUGUCACAGAUGCAUUCUAAAACACUUUUGUCAAAAUCGUCGAACUUAAAUAGAAGUAAUGCCUUACGAGCUGGGAUGGCACCAGGACAAUUGUGCCGAGCGUCAUCAGCGUUCAUCCAGUCAAAUUCUGCAAUGAACUGCAGUUCUAAUUCUAAUCCCCCUGCAUCAAUUGGUGUUGCUAACGACUUUACUCCUGUUGCCAUGGCAAUUAUUGCAAUUGGAAUGAUAAUACAAGGAAUAGGCAAGUCACCAAGACAAGCUUUUGUUACAACAUAUAUCGACAACAAUGUUGACAAGACAAAAACAGCUGUAUAUGUUGGCGGUAUCAUGGCAGUUGCUAUAUUUGGACCAGCGCUUGGUUUCGGACUCGGAGGACUGUUCAGCAGAAUGUAUGUAACUUUAGAAGAUGUUGAUAUUUCGCCACGUGACCCUAGAUGGAUUGGUGCAUGGUGGGUAGGAUUUUUAACAUUUGGAGCAGGAAGCUUGAUAACUGCACUUCCUGUCAUGUGCUUUCCAAAAAGAUUCCAUGAAAAAACGAAAGAAACAAAAGAAGUAAAGAAUAAAAGAAAAACGCGAUGGAUAGUAGGAUUUUUUAAAGCUAUAUACGCACUAUUUCGUAACAAAUUUUAUAUGCUGAUCUUGUUUAGAAAAUGUCUGACUUUGAUUAUAGUAAGCGGAAGUAUUGCAUUUGGAUCAAAAUACGUCGAGACGCAAUUUUCAUUACCAGCUUGGCAGUCAAACUUGGCUUUAGGUAUUGGUCGUAUCAUGACAAUAUCUAUAGGAACUUUCAUAGGAGGAUAUUUUACGUCAAAAAAGAAGCUUUCGCCACUAGGAUGUAGUAAAUUUAUCUUCAUCUUGUCAUUCUUCACAAUGGCAAACUACGCGAUAAUUAUGUUUCUUGGUUGUGAGACUCCAGAAAUUAUUGGAUAUAACAGAAAACUAAGCAAUACAUCGAACAUAUGUGUAGAUAACUGUAAUUGUAAUUCGGAAGAAUAUUUCCCUGUGUGUGGUUCGGAUAACAAUAACUACUUUUCACUUUGUCAUGCCGGGUGUACAUCAUCUAUGAAGGGUUUUACCAACUGUACAUGUAUAGGAGCAACAGCGACAGCUCAACCUGGGUUAUGCUCUACUGACUGUCCUAUGUUUUUCCCUUAUAUCAUUGUUUCCUGUGUGUUUGGAAUAAUUGAAUCGUUUGGUAUAAUGCCAAGUUUGAUAUUCAUGAUGAGAUCAGUUAAAGAAAAACAGAAAGGAAUAGCCGUUGGUUUUUCAGCUUUUAUUUCAACAUUUGGUUGGUUCCUUGGACCAGUUAUAUUUGGUGAAGUUAUUGAUAUGUGUUGCGAAAUAUGGAGUUCUCGGUGUGGGGUAAAGGGAUCAUGCGCAUUGUACGAUAAUGUGAACUUCCGGUAUGGCAUCUUUGGUUUCUGUCUCAUACUGAGUUGUUUUAUUAUAAUACUUGACCUCGUUAACUACUUAAUUGCAAGAAAGAAAACAGACUGGAAUAUUGGAAACACAGGGCGAAAAAAUGAACUCGACAUUAUCGAAAAUCAAGGAUGUAUUGACGAUGGAGGAGACGAUAACAACAAAAACAUUCAAACAGUCAAUGAGAAAACCGAAUUAACAGAAACAAUGAUUUUUCGUUAAUGAAGUUAUGCACAAAUUUCCUUGUAAUACACACACCGUUUACAUGAAAUAUGUCUUCUCUCAAUGUUUCGGCAUCAUUUCAGACUUUUGAGGAGAGACAAAUGUGUCUCGUUUUCAAUGUUGAUAUAUAUCUUUCAUAUGACAAUGUAUGAGAUUCAAGGUUCAAGAUUUGAUUUGCUCAAUCAAGAACCUUCAAAGGAAAUAUACUCAAAAUAUAACAGUUGUAACAAAACAAAUUAUAUCAUAUUCGUAGUCCACAAAUUAUUUUUCAGAUACAAAUGUAGGUAAAUGAUAUAUUUUAUUGCAUAGCAACAUAAUAUUUCCCACAAAAAAGUAACAAAAGUUAGUGUUCAAUAAAAUUCCAAUAUUGCACUAGUGCAAUAAAUGGUCAAAAUUCAUAACGUCAUCAAAGUCAAAAUUAUAGCUUAAAACAAUUUUUUCUUUCGAAUAUUAAAAAGAGAUACAAUAAAAGGGUUAUUGAAUGAAUAAUGAGGAAAAUUGUUCCUCGUAGAACAUAUAUUGCACUCGCAAACUCGUGCAAUAUUAAAUUCUACUCGGGACAAUAUUCCCCAGUAUUCUUCCAAUAAAAUAUAUUGUCAUAUGUAUCACAGUUAUACAGUGGAAUAUUAGCAGAUAAUUUAAUUGGAAGGUUUUUAUAAAAUAAAUUGUCUUAUUCUAUUAUUAUAUAUAUCUUCUAUAUUCAUUUACUACAUAAAUCUCGUAAGACAGGGCAAGUUAAAAAAAAGAAUUAAGUUAUAUAAUCAAGAAAAACAAAUGCUGAUUAAAAAGAAACACAAUCGUUUGUUGCUGUGUUACGUUUUUUUUGGUUUUUUUUUUUGGUACAUCAAGACAGCUUUCAGUUUUCUAGUUUAAAUUGUUAUACAUUGUGGAAAAUCAUUGUGAUUUCGGGCCAUUUCAAACCUGACUAUUCGGUAUGGGCAUUGCUCAUUAUUGAAGACCAUAUGGUUACCUACAUGUAAAGAUGUUAAUUUCUGUGUCGUUUAGUCUCUUGUGAAGAAUUGUCUCAUUGCAAAUAAUACCAUAUCUUCUUGUUUAUACAUAUAUUGAAAAAGAAAAUAAAUCUCAUUCUCAAAAUGAUCAGAGAAAUAUAUGUCAAUAUUAAACUCAUCAUAGAUACCAGGACUAAAUUUUAUAUAUACGCCAGACGCGCGUUUCGUCUACAAAAGACUCAUCAGUGACGCUCGAAUCCAAAAAAUGUUGCCAAAUACAGCUAAGGUAAUAUAUGCCUGAGGUAGAAAAGCCUAAGUAUUUCUAAAAAUUCAAAAUUUUGUAAACAGUCAGAUAUUCUUUUUAUACAUAGCAUACACAUUGAUUUUAUUAAGAGUUGCUCACUGAGGAUAGAAAAUCUUAAACAUACGAGGAAAAAUGUCAAAAAUUGAAAGAAGUGUGUAAAUUCACUAACCAAACAAAAAGAUUUCUCGAACUAUAUUAAAAUAUUAUAUACAUUUGUACAUACCCAAAAUCACUGUGUCAUUCAUUCAUUUAUUUUGAAUUUAUUUCGGGUUUAAAGGAGUAGGUCCGGUAAGGACUCAUUUUGGCCUCAAAUUUUAGUUUCAUCUGACGAAAGAUUUUGACCACUUUUUAAACUUAAGUGUCUAUUUCACUUGAUUCAAUUAGUUUUUGUGAAAGAUUUUAACUAAUUUAGUCAUUAAAAACGAUCCGAUUAAAACUCAAAUAUGAAAAAUCUCUCAAAUAUUCCGAAAAACGUCACGCCUCAGAUGGUAUUUGUCAAAAAUGAAAGUGGCCGCGUCCGUGUGCAUCCACAACCUUUAUAUAUGUUAUGUAUUAUCAUAAAAUACAACUAACAUUUCAAUAUUAAGGAUGAACACGAAUUCGGCCACUUUCGUUUUACACGGAAACCGUCUAAGAUUUAACUUAAAUGAUAGAAUUUUGAAAAUUUCAGUAAUUUAGCAUGACUUAAUGGUGCUACAACCCGAUAUAUGUGCAUUAUAUUGUCAAAAACAGCCCAUAUUUAUGUAGAAGAAGCAUUCAACUGUUCAAUAAAUAACUAAAAGUUUACAUUUUAACAAUUUUGUAAAACUGUUAUAUUUUGAGGCCAAAAAGAGGUCUUACCGGACCUACUUCUUUUGGAUAUUGUAUUUUCAAUUGUUAUUUAGUAUUGUUAUUUGUG